AUGGAUUCUCAGCGGUUUAAUCACUGGAAUGGGGGCUACGAUCAUCAAAAAAACACAGAAAACAAUGUGGACUUGACUCUGAAAUUGGGAUUACCAAAUGAUCAUGAUCAUGAUCAUGAUCAACCUCAAUUUGAGCAAUAUUUUAGGUCUGCUACAGUACUCAAGAACCAUCAACCAGCCAAUUACCUCAAUUUCAAUGCUCCAUACACACAGGGCUCAAAUCAUCAUGAAAUGGCUAAUGAAGGAGGGAAUGCUGGUUUAAAUCACCAAGGAAUGUUGACUCAUGGAGGAGGAGGAGAAGCUGGUAUGAAUCACCAUGGAAUGCUCAUUGGAGGCAAUCUUCAUGGCUCAUGGCCACAGGAGAUUAUGGGGAACCAUCCCCACUACAUGAAUACUAAUGGUUCUGUAGUGGGAUUUCCUGCUUACCCCAACUCCUACGCUAGUUUCAAUAGCGAUCCGGGUAACUUUCCAACACCUCCCAUGAAUGGUCCAAACACAAUGCCUAGGAAUAUUGAUCAUGGUCAGAUUGGAAGUUCCUCUGGUUCACAAAGGAGAGGCUCUAGGCAUCAACGUGAAGGGAGCAACAUUGGCCUUAAUAAGAGGUGCAGUAACCCGUGCUGCAACACCGAUGACACCCCAAUGUGGCGCAAAGGCCCCCAUGGUCCCAAGACAUUGUGCAAUGCCUGUGGGAUCAAGUAUAGAAAGGAGGAGGAGAAGAAAAGGGCUAGAGAAGCGGCCAAAAAGGCUAAUGGCAACGAAUAG